CAACCGUUUCACUUCACGGGCCCUUCUCUGCUUUUUAAUUCAUCGUCCCCUUAGAGAAGAACAAUCCAAUCGAUAGCUAAUUAAACUCGUAUCAGAUGGGUAACACCAUAGGAGGCAAGAAGAGAACCGCCAAGGUGAUGAAGAUAGACGGGACAACGUUCCGUCUCAAGCCCCCGGCCACGGCCGGCGGCGUCCUCCGGGAUCACCCGGGCUUCAGCCUCCUCGAUGCCGAGGAGGUCAAGCAGCUGGGCCUUCGGUCCCGGCCACUGCAGCCCGAGACUCUCCUCCGGCCGGGCAAGCUCUACUUCCUCGUAGAGCUUCCCCGGCUCCCGGACCAGCGUCGCACCUGGUCCGGGGCGCUCCACGUGAGCGCUAAGGAGCGGCUGGAGAGCCUCAUGCUCUCCCGCCGCUCCGUCUCUGACCUCUCUCUCACCAAGUCGGAGCCCGAUGGCCCAGUACGCCUCCGCAUGAGGUUGCCAAAGGCUCAAGUGACGAAGUUCAUGGAGGAGAGCAAGGAUUCGGCGGAGGCGGCCGAGAAGAUCAUGGAGCUCUGCCUCGCGAAAGAUGGUAACACGGCUCAGGCGCCGGCGGGUGUACCGCCGGCUGUGAAGACUGGCCGGAAGGAGAAGCGAACAAGAUUUGUGGCCACGCCGGAUGAGAUAAUUGCCUAAUUUACCUCCCGGGCUGUUUGAAAUUCGAUCUAGAGCUUUUGUUGCUUCAGGUCAAGCCAGAGGGCCAGCACAAGGAGCAGAUGGAUCAUAGGAUUCCUCCUGUCUUUUUCUCUCCUGGACUUGCGGGUUGAACAUGAGAAGCUGCUCAUGGCUUCCUAUCCUCCUGUAAUUAUCACAUCUUUUCUUUUUAGAUGGUUCCUUAGCCUUUACUACACUCUAGCUAACAGAAUUUAAUGAUAGGAAAGAGGCAUGGAAGUUGGAUUCUCAUGUGAAAAGAGUUGUGGUCUUUUGUUUCUCUCUUUCUCUGUAAUUUAUAAUAAUAUUACCUGCUCUUCUUCAAUUUUAUUCGGUAAA